GGCGGAAGUGGUGGGAUAGAGCGCCGGAAGCGGUUGAUUGGACGCUCUGUCCUCACACACAGGAGAGCGGACGGAUCCUGGGUGUCGUGCUGUGCCCCGGGGGGAGCGUAACGUCACGUGACAUGGCCGAAUCUUCCGCGACGGCGGUAGUGGUGGGAGGAGCCGCGUCCAGUACGGUGACCACCGAGAGCGAGGUCCAGCCGGAGCCGCGCUCGCUGACACUGAAGCUCAGGAAGAGGAAGCCGGAUAAGAAGGUGGAGUGGACGUGUGACACCGUGGACAAUGAGAACCUGGGGAGGCGCUCUUCCAAAUGCUGUUGCGUCUACGAGAAGCCGAGGGCUUUUGGGGAAAGCUCCACAGAGAGCGAAGAUGACGAUGACGGCUGCAACAGCUCCCACUGCAUCCGAGGCCACAAGAAGAAGACACCCGGGUCCGAAGAGGGGGCGCCAAGCCACAAAACCGCCGGCGCCAUGCAGCACUGAGAAGGCCGAGAAGGAGUGACGGCGUGCCUCUUAAACACUCAGAAACAUCAUUGUAAUAUCUCAGCUGCCCACUCCCAUCUCUUCCAGGGUGGGAGAGUCAAAGCAGCGAGUUUCCGGUUAAGUGUUUUGUAUCGGGGUCACCAUUGAGGAAUACCGGGGCUAUGACACCAGGGGGGAAGAUGGUGCGUUCAUCCUAGCGCCUCAUGAGAUGGCGCUCAUAUUCACUCUGUUCUCUGCUUAGCGGGCCGACCGCUGUUGAGCUCAGGCUUACCGCUACUCCAUGUUUAAUGCACAGUCCUCUCUUCUUCUGUACUGGCCUAACAUGUCCUCCUCCACCAGGAGCCGUAUCUCCAUGAAUGUACAUGCAUAGAAGCCCCUCUUCCUCCAAUGCUGCUAUCUUUCUCUUGUCUAGUCACUGGCCGCCCUCCCAGUCUCAUGAUAAACCUCAUCCAGCCACCUCUCGUGUCUUCCCCUCGAUAUUACCAUUCCUCUUCCCCGUAAGAUAUAAUCUAAUGAAUGUAUUUUGUCAAAGAGAUUCCCCAGGGGGAGGGAAAUGCCCUGUUGAUUUAGCGUAUGCACCAGAAUCAGUAUAAUUUAUUAAAGCGUGAAAGGCUUGCUCGUGUUGCAUACUGUAUUAUCGCCAGUAUGGAAGUGCAGUAUCCUGUAGAUAAAUAAAAUGUAAUAUAUUCUAUGAAAAAUAGUGCA